AUAUAUGAAUGGCUGUCUUGUCCAAAGACAAUCCAUUGCAGUCAUCCAACUGUACGGUGCUGUUCGGACCCGUUAAUGGGGAAGUGAAAGUGAGCAGUAUGAAGUCGGGAUCCUUCGGCAAGGCUAAGAACAGAAAGGGAUCGAUGGAAGUGAGAAGAUACUUAGACAGUGGGGCUGUGUGGGUCUUUUUCAAGUACCACGACCCACCCCAACUCUUCUAUUUCAACGUGGCGACAGAAAAGAUAAAGGCAACUGCCUACCCAGACAAAUUGUAUCUAUCAUGUGUGGAUAACAGCAGCAUCUCUUACCAGUUUCAGCCUCAGUACAACUUGAAUGGGAAAGAAAUGUUUCGAAAAAUAGUUGAGGAUAUCAAUACCGCACUUCGAGAAUCAGCUGGCAAGAACAGUGAAUGUUCUUCUCCAAGAAUUCAGACGAAAGCGUUCAACGUUGAAGACGACAACAACAACGUAUCACCCACGAUAUCAAGCGCAAAGCGAUCUGCUAAGAGCAGCUUCUACAGCCAGGAUGUUUGCAGUGCUAGUGAACCCAAAUACCGGUCUCCAUUUGCCAGAAACGAAAACUCAGCCAGUACUACAGUGAUACCCAAAGCGACAAGCGUCGAUUUGUUCAAGGUCAAGACCGGAUGGACGGGAGAGACGGCUAAGCCCUCUCCACUUGCUCAAUCACCAUCCAAGACACUCGUAGUGAGAUCAGAAGAUACUGCGAAAGUCGACGGGUUUGUGAAUUUGGGCAACACUUGCUACAUGAAUGCAGUGCUGCAGGCCCUCCUUGCUGUGUACUCGUUCCAGUGUGACCUAAUGAGACCUGAACACGUCAAAGCAGUGUGCGAGGAAUUCUUUCUCCCCCAAGUGGGUUCGGUGUUCAAGUCGGCAUUGGACGAAUUCGAUCAUGCGCUAGUUGAGAACAAAGAGAACGAAAUGGCAAAAAGUGUGAACAAUGGUGUCAAAACUAGGCUUUACAGGGUAUUGAUCAAGCUGCUGGCUGACAAGAUGAAGCGGGACAAGGGUCUGUGUCAGCAGGGAUCUCUAGACAGCAGGACCCAGUUCCUCCACUCUCUGAAGAAGGCUGUCGCAUCAGUCGAACAACAGUUCUCAGGAUCGCUGCAGAAUGAUGCACAUGAGUUUCUUAGCUUGUUCCUCGACAUCCUUCGUGAAGAAGUGGUCAGAAUAAACUCCCGAGUCUCUGUCAAAUUGGAAAAGAGCUCAUCUUCGAAUGCGGAUUCAAUAGUAUGUCCUGUCAAUUCUAACUUUCAGUUGACUGUCAGACACACAAUAACGUGCACCGGUUGUCAACUGAAACAGGAACACGAUGAAAAAAUGUUGAUUCUGUCUGUGAACCUUCCUGUUGAAAUUGAAUCGGAGACAGUGGACCGAUCGACAAUUUUUGACCUGGUUUGCAAUUACUUCUGUGAAGAGUCACUGGAAUACACGUGCGAUGAGUGUGGUCACAGGGAAGCUAAACUGACUCACGAAUUGCUCACUCUACCGAGAGUGUUAGUGGUGCACCUCAAAAGAUACCAGGUCGGUGGCGAGGGUCUCAUCAAGGACUUCAGGAAGGUGCGCAUCUCGAAGUACCUUUCAAUGACGAAGCUAAUACAUGAGCACUGUGAGCUGCCUUCAGUUGCAGAAGGAGCAUUCGAGGAACCAAAGAUAGCAGAUUUUGACCUUUACGUCACUCCGAAGAAUCCUGAAAGCAGAAUCGACCGACUGAAUCUAGAAGAAGAAAAGAGAGAGAAUGAAACAGAUGAAGAUGGAUUCGCACCUGAUAACAUAGAGGACGAUUUGUUGAUUUUGGAGGAUGAGGUUAAGGCGGAAACAGAGGCACUUACGCGUGAUGAUGAGAGUCAUUUGAAAAAUAUUUCAUUAACAGAAAACAGAAUAAUGACGAAUAGUUCCAAUACCAAUAAGGCCUCCGGGGGUGCAGAGGCAAAGUUAAGAACGCCGACUAAAACUCCUCCGACUAAAUUUUUUGGCCGAUCGUCUCAGAAGAAAAAGCGACUAUCUCUAUCAGAUCGCAAAGUUAUUUCUCCAAUCAGAAAGAGCUGUAGCCUUAAAUCAGCUAGCAAUAGCGACAAGGGACCUAGGGGACGAGAUCGGGCUUCGAGACUCUUCGAAGAUGCAUGUGUCAGUCGCGAGGAUCUCAAAUACGUCCAUCCGGAAGAUGCAGCCAACGUGACACCGAGAAAAUCGAAACGCAUCGCAAUAAAAGAAGAUGAGAAAUGUGCAAGGAAAAUCGAAGUUUCCGACAAAUUACAGAACUCAAAAGCUUGGAAAUGUGACAGCAAACCCCAAGGAUCGCUAGCUGAUUAUUGGAACCAUAAAGGCAAUAGAAAAACUACGGAAACUGCGGUUUUGAGAAACGAGGAAAGCGCUGAUGAGGGGACUGAUUUGGCGCCUGGCAAGAAGCGGAAACGAGCAAAUUCUCCUCCUCCUUAUCGGCCAACGGAAGAUUCAGACACAGAAGAAAAGGAUGAUGCAGAGUUUCAAAAAGCUGUGCAAUUGAGUCUGCUGGAAGCUCCAAUUGACGAUAACUAUGACGAAGACCUGGAGAAGGCGCUGGCAUUGAGCAGGAUGGAGAUGCAUAAUGGCCUUGAGUUCCCACCCGGAUUCGAAGAACAGAUUUUUGAGAAUGAGAAGUCGGAAGACAAGUUUAAGGGGACUGUGCUAGGCGAUGACUUCCUCAACUCAAAUGGGUUUGAUGAUGACAUAUCUGCAAAAUGUGAGCAGCAUCAGCUUCCAAAAAUGGAUGGUGGUCGUGUUAAUAAGCCACUGAAUAUUAUCAAAGAAGAGGAAGUGGUUGAUAUAAGGAGUGAAGAUGAAGAACCAGAGCUGAUAGAGAUCAGUUUGAAUCCAAAAUCAGAAGGAGCUGAUACGAGCAUGGUUCAAAAUGGACCGAAGCUGGAGGUCAAAUCAGAGGUCAAGAAUGAUGGAAUGAAUUUUGCUCUGGUCGAUAACCACGAGGAAGAAGAUAUGGAUGUGGAGACCCUGGAUGAUGAUGAAUCUGCUGAUGAGAAGCCUAGUGGGAGAACCACACCUCCUCCAGUUGAUAUAAGUCUAGCUGCGCUUCAAGUUACAAGCACGCCAUCCAAUAAAGGUAGAAAAUCUUCUGGACUACCUGAUAUUGCCAAACUUUUAGACGAAAGUUUUAUUAUCAGUCCUACCUCCGAAAACCCAGGCAGUCUCGAACUAAGUUCGUAUAGCAUGCGAACCCAAGACGAUGUCUUUUCUGAAAUCCCUGCAGAGGCAGAAGAGUCUUUUAGAGAAGAAGAUUUUAUCCCAUUUUCUGUCAUCGGGGAUCCGAAUUCAAAUGAACAUGUUCUAAAUCAGAGGAUAGAAGAGACAGAGACGUCUAUUGACAAGUCAAGUCAAGAUUCGAAGAGAGAUAAUAAAAUCGAUGAGCGAACUACAGAGGAGACGACUAUUGUGAAACAAGAAGAUCUGAAAGAUGAGGAUGAGGGAACUACUGGUCUUGUUGCUGAGGAAGAAAGUUCUGCAAAAACAGACGAGGAAAAAGAACCAGUUAAUGAAGAAGAACAGAUCAAAGGGCUGGACCCUAGUCACACGUACCGUCUGUUGAGUAUCAUCUGUCAUCUGGGCCAUUCUGUCUCUGGAGGACACUAUGUGAGUGAUGUGUACAACCCUAAGACAGACUCCUGGUCCUGUUUCGACGACGAGACAGUCACCAACAGGGAAGAGAGGAAUGUGUUAGUCAGUAGACAGAAGCCAGGAUACAUUUUCUUCUACAUGCAUCAGUCAAUUUUUCCCGAAGCCGAAAGAGAAAGACAAAACAAAGCAGAUUCCGCGGAAACAUGACAUGAACAAAUUUUUGUUCUCAAAUGAUACUAUUGAUUUUUUCGAGAUUGAUUUGUAAUUGAUUGCUUGAAAGCUUUAUUAGCUGACUUUUAAGCUGCUGAUUCUUGUGUUGCUGAAAGAAUUUAGCU